AAAUUAAUUAACAAAUCAAUUUUAUUGUAAUAUCGUAGAGGUAACAGAUUGAAAAAAUGACGUCUAGACAAAAUUCAGAAAAACUUGUGAACCAGAUGGAGACGUUCAUCGAGAAUGUUCGGCAAAUCAAUAUUAUGGUGUGCAACUUUCAGCCCCAAGCUCAGCACAUUCUUAAUCGGAAGAUCCAAAAUAUCGUUACGGAUUUGCAAGUGAUUAAUAAUCUGAAGGACUCGGUGAAAGAUAUGCGGAUACCAGUGGAAGUACUCAAGUACGUUGACGCUGGGCAAAAUCCUCAUUUGUUCACGAAGGACUGCAUUGACAAGGCAAUGAUUAAGAAUCAGGAGCUAAAAGGCAAAAUUGACUCGUACAAGAAAUUCAAGGCCAAUAUGCUGCUCGAGAUCAAUAAGUAUUUUCCGAAAGAGGUUGAAAAAUAUCGAGCUAUACGCAACGACAAUAAUGACGAUUAAAGUGACAGUAUUGAAAUUACACAAACGUGGUAAUGCAGAUUUCAACACUA